UAAAAUCCUAGACCAUCGCAGAGCCAGGCUUUUGGUUUUGUCGUUGAUAAUCGUCUGGUCCUUCUUCAUCUUUUGUCCGGAGCACACAGUGUUCAUGUCUUUCAGAACAGAUCUUGGAAGCUUUUUACUGUGUGAUGGUCAAACCAAGGUGCCUCCAAGCCCAGAAAUGUCACUGCUGCCUUUAGAUAAGUUUAAACUGGGCCUCUUUUUAUUUCUGCAGUAAUGUUUUUUGUGUAUGUAACUUUAUUUUGCAAUGCUUCACAAAGCUUUGACUGCCCUUGAUGCAGUGCCAUAUCCAAAGGGUUGUAGAUGACUGGUGUCCAAAGAAGGCUUGCACCCGUGCCUUUUAUGCACUGAAAUUGCUCUUUGAAUCAUUUAAUAACAUAAUGUAAUGUCAAGGGAGAAAAAUGCAAGUUCCUUCUACUUUGUUUUUCAGGUUUUGAAACAUAAUUAUUGAUUUUUCUCACAUAUUUGGAUCAAAUAGAUCAAAUGCUCAUAUUUUCUUCUUACAGACUCAGCCUUUCAUGGAUGCUGGUUGUGUAUUGAAUCAUUAUUAUCAUGUGCCAUUAUCAUCUUAAGAUAUCAGAAUUUUAAUUUUAUUUUACCUCAUUAGUAAACCAAAACGUUGCCUAUUACAUCUUUCUUUUCUUGAUGUGUUGCAGGCCUGCAAUGCAAAAACAGAAUGACAGAAUAUACCAAUUACUUGAAGUUGACAUAUCUUGGGUUCAUACUGUCUGCAAUAAUAUAAGUUGAAGUAAAUGUAACUCACUUUGUUCUGUUUGACAUUAUCUCCCCGUACACUCGUAUAUUUUUUUGUGCGUUGGUAAUUUUUUGAAAAGUAGGAAGAACUUUGCAUGGAGACCCAGAAAUUAUUCAUUCAUAUGUUUCUAAAUGCACAUGUAGUGGUGAUUAAUACUUCGUUGUGUUAGUGGUGUUGGAUCAAAAUAGCUUUAAUGAAAUCUGAACAUUGAAAAAGAAGCAAACAGCUUCAAACUUGAAAUUCUUGAAAUUCCAAUAGUUUUUCUUUUAUUUAUUAAGGCCAAAUACAUUUUUAAGCCACAUCAGUUAUUACCUCAUUUACAUGAGCAUUAUUCUUAUCAUAAUCCAGUUGAUGACUUGUUUUUCUUGCUCCAUUUUUUUUUUUUAUUUAUUUAUUUUUUUUACUUUGAACUUGAACUGGGUCAUUUACUGUUGUGUGCCUGUGCAUCCCAUUACAGUCGUGUAACAAUAAUUUGGGGUUACAAAUAAACUUUUCUUAACAAUGUGAAUUUCCUAUGGCAGCACAUGGCAUCAUGACAUACAAGUCCAGAGGUUUUGAUACUAAACAUCCAGUGUUUCCUUGCCAAGAACAAAAGCCUUGUCUCAGCUGGGAGCACAGGGCCAAGGUGCGUGCAGUUGCACGGCCUGACUAUUAUCCAUGUUGGGAUGCUUAUUGACCCGCCAGCGUAUGUCUUUUUGCUGUAAAGCUUGGCUGGAAGGCAGCAAUUCCCCCUCUACAUUCUCUUUAAUCAUGCAGGGCAAGGACUGGGUGAGACCUGGGGGGGUGAGGGAAAGGCAGACUGUUGGCUUAGGCCUGCUGUAUGUAUCAAAGCAGGCAACCCCAGGAUGCCAACCAUACUGUACCCACACACUGUAUAGAGCACACACACCAACAGGCCAUGCUGGUGGCGGGCGUAGUGGGCCGAGCUGACCUUUUAUGCGCUCUGUUCUUCCAGCUCUCUUUUCUCACUUACUGCAAAGCUUUUAACAAAGGGAGUGACAGAGAUGAGAGGUUUUCUGUCCAGUGGGUUGUGGUCAGCCUCUUGCUGUGUGCUGCAGCAAUGCUCUGUAAAGAACAAGGCAUCACCGUCUUGGGUGUGAAUGCAGCUUUUGAUAUCGUCUUGAUCUGUAACAUUAAUGUGUAUGAACUCAGCCAGAGGCUAUUCUUUAGGAAGAAUUCACUUGAUUUAAGUGACAUGUUGCGAAUGGGACUGCUCACAAGAUUAGCUCUUAUGAGUCUUGGAGGACUCUUGAUGCUGUAUGCACGCUGGAGGAUCAUGGGUACAGGACCCCCGGCAUUCACCGAAGUAGACAACCCUGCCUCUUUUGAAGAAAAUAUAUUUAUUAGAAUUGUGAACUAUAAUUACUACUACUCUCUUAAUGCCUGGCUGCUGCUGUGUCCCUGGUGGCUAUGUUUUGAUUGGUCCAUGGGCUGUGUGCCUCUCAUUAAGUCAGCCACUGAUUGGAGGAUGGUGUGGCUGCUGCUGCUCUGGUGCGUCCUGAUAGGCUUGAUAAGUCAAGCCUUAUGUUCACAGGACAGGCAGAGAAGGAGGACACUGACGUUGGGUCUGGUGCUACUAGUGGUCCCUUUUCUGCCUGCAUGUAACAUUUUCUUCAGGGUGGGCUUUGUCAUUGCUGAGAGAGUGCUCUAUCUGUCAUCGGCCGGCUACUGCUUGCUGCUGGCCUACUCACUGGGACACUGCUGCUGCCACUGGACCAAAUGCAAGAAAUUGCUGUAUGUCAUGGUGCUCACACUCCUAUGUAUGCACGUAGCUCGCUGUGCCCUCCGUAGUCACCAGUGGCGGUCAGAACAAAGCCUUUUCACCAGCGCCCUGUCUGUCUGUCCACUCAAUGCCAAGGUGCAUUAUAAUGUCGGCAAGAACCUGGCUGAUAGAGGGAAUGCUACUGCUGCUAUCGGAUACUACAGAGAGGCAGUCAGGCUACAUCCGACCUAUGUCCAUGCUAUGAACAACCUGGGGAACAUCCUGAAGGAGAGGAAUGAACUUAUAGAAGCAGAGCAGCUGUUGUCUAAAGCUGUUUCCAUUCAACCUGACUUUGCUGCAGCCUGGAUGAAUCUUGGCAUAGUUCAGAACAGCCUUCGGAAGUUUGAGGAGGCAGAGCAGAGCUACUGGAAUGCCAUCCGUUUCCGGAGAAAAUACCCAGACUGUUACUAUAACCUGGGACGCUUGUAUGCUGACCAGAACAGACAUGUAGAUGCCCUGAAUGCAUGGAGAAAUGCAACUGUGCUAAAACCUGACCACAGCCUGGCUUGGAACAAUAUGGUAAUUCUGCUGGACAAUACAGGAAACCUGGGUCAAGCAGAGCUGAUCGGUCGAGAGGCUCUGAGGCUCCUCCCCAAUGACCACACAAUCAUGUUUUCACUGGCCAACGUCCUGGGGAAAUUACAGAAAUACAAGGAGUCAGAGGGCUUCUUUCUUCACGCCCUUCGGAUCAACCCGAAUGCUGCUAGUUGCCAUGGCAAUUUAGCUGUGUUGUAUCAUCGCUGGGGGAAGCUGGAGCUGGCAAAGAAACACUAUGAGCUGUCUCUAAAGUUGGACCCUGAGGCUCCUGGGACCAGAGACAACUACAACAUGCUGCGACGCAAACUGGACCAGCUUAAACGCAGCACACCCUGAGGGAACCCACUGGGACCCCCACCUGCUAUAAAACAAAUUUUUCCAUCGUUCCUUUUUUUUAAAUAUUAUUUUAUCACACAAGUUCUUGCUUUGAAACAUUUGGAAAUAAAGACCAUGAUCUGUG